AUGACUGGCCAUACCCCGAUUAUGCAUAUUCUUCUGGCGAAAGGUGGCACUCUUGGCCUACAAGGCAAAUUCUAUCCUUCCACACCACUGAUCGAGGCUGUCUCUGGUGGACAUAUUGGCAUGCGGGGUAUUGGUAAAAGCCCAGCAAGCCAAUCAUUGGAUGCUGUGGCGCUUUAUGUGAGGAAAACAGUCACUGUGGGCCGGUAUGGCUACGUUGAGUUGAGGGACAUUGUCCGAAUUCUACUCGCAGCAGGAGCCAUGGUUGUCCUAGAUGUGGGACACGUUGAGAUUGUGGAUGUACUUGAAGUAUUGCAUCGGGGUCGUCAGAGCAGACCGAGGCCAGUGGAAAUCAAUGGCGAUGAUGAGGCUGAAGGUGGUUUAUUCGACGACGACGAUGCAGAUGACGAACAUGCCAAGCAAGUCAAAGCAUACGCGAGGGACACAUUUGCUGAUCUGCAGAGGGCGAUGGGGCAGCAAUAUGAAAGUGGCGCACUUGGUGUAGAAGAAACCAAAUACGUGGAAGCUGUGUACUACGGUCAAGCGAAGGCUUAA